UAAAUGUAAACUUGGGAGGUCUGGCAAUUAAAUUUCCUCAAAAUCAGUUGCAGUCCCAGUGACGACAGAGGAGAAGAGAAAGAAAAUGGGAGGAUAUGCGUUGGGUUCAGCAUUUGAUUUGAAGUCAGGGCAAAUGAUAAUGGUUGCUCUUUUAUUAAUGGUUGGAUCAUUCUACCUAGGCACUAUCUUUGGUAAAAAUGCUCCCAUCUACAUUUCUCAAACCUCCUCCAAUUCUUCUUCAUUACUCGUUACAGGUACUACCACCUUUACAAACAAAGUUGCUCUGACGUACCAGAAAACACCACUUGUGAUCCCAGAAAGUGGAAUGAAUGUAUGUCCUUUAAUGUUCAACGAGUAUAUCCCUUGCCAUGAUCCUUCUUACGUGAAUAAAUUGCUUCCUAGCUUGAAUCUUUCCAGAAGAGAAGAACUAGAGAGACACUGCCCCUCACCUGAAAGGCGUCUGUUCUGCUUGGUGCCACCACCCAAAGAUUAUAAAAUUCCAUUAAGAUGGCCAACUAGCAGGGAUUACGUGUGGCGAAGUAAUGUGAAUCAUACACGUCUUGCUGAAGUUAAAGGGGGACAAAAUUGGGUGCAUGAGAAAAACCAACUAUGGUGGUUCCCAGGUGGUGGUACUCAUUUCAAGCGUGGGGCACCUGAGUACAUUCAAAGGUUAGGAAAUAUGACAACUGGUGAAACGGGUGAUCUGCGUUCGAUAGGGGUAUUUCAAGUUCUUGACGUUGGUUGUGGAGUUGCCAGCUUCUCUGCUUAUCUUCUUUCCUUGGAUAUACAAACAAUGUCCUUUGCUCCCAAAGAUGGCCAUGAAAAUCAAAUUCAGUUUGCUUUGGAGAGAGGUAUUGGUGCAAUGAUUGCUGCCAUAGCAACUAAACAGCUACCUUACCCUACUAGCUCUUUUGAGAUGGUUCACUGUUCAAGAUGUCGUGUUGAUUGGCAUGCAAAUGACGGAAUUUUACUCAAAGAAGUCAACCGUCUUCUGCGACCUAAUGGAUAUUUUGUCUAUUCGGCUCCACCUGCUUAUAGGAAGGAUAAAGAUUAUCCAUUGAUUUGGGAUAAGUUGGUAAACAUAACUACAGCAAUGUGCUGGAAACUAAUUGCUCGAAAUGUACAGACAGCUAUCUGGAUUAAAGAAGAAAAUCAAGAAUGCCUCCAGCACAAUGAAGAUCUGAAGCUGAUAAAAAUAUGUGAUGCUGUUGAUGAGUCUAAACCAUCAUGGAAUACUCCUCUUGAAAACUGUAUACAAAUAAGAAGUGGGAUAUCAAAUUCUCUGAAACUCCCUCCUAGACCACAGCGUCUCUCUGUAUAUUCCAAGAGUCUCAGCAGAAUAGGAAUCAGUCAAGACAAGUUUACUUCGGACACUAUCUUUUGGCAGGAUCAAGUUCGCCAUUACUGGAAUCUGAUGAAUGUGAGUGAGACACAAAUACGAAAUGUAAUGGAUAUGAAUGCCUUUUGUGGUGGAUUUGCUGUGGCAUUGAACUCAUUGCCUGUUUGGGUGAUGAAUAUUGUUCCUAUGAGCAUGAAGAACACCUUGUCUGCCAUAUAUAGCAGGGGUCUGUUAGGUGCUUUUCAUGAUUGGUGUGAGCCAUUCUCAACAUAUCCACGCUCAUAUGAUUUAUUGCAUGCUAAUUAUCUCUUCUCCCACUACAAAAAUAGUGGAGAAGGUUGCUCAUUGGAGAAUCUUUUGCUGGAGAUAGACCGUAUAAUACGCCCUCAGGGAUUUGUUAUUAUUAGAGACGAGGAAUGGAUUACAUCAAGAAUCCGUGAUGUUGCUCCAAAAUUUUUGUGGGAGGUUGAAUCGCAUUCUCUGCCAAAUAAAGAGAAGAAGAUGGAAAGUGUGCUUAUUUGUAGAAAGAAGUUUUGGGCAAUUGUGUAAGUUGAAAGCAAUAGAGUAGAGGUGUUGUCUCAGACUUUGAUAUUUAUUGAUCGCUAACAUAUGUACAUUUUUAACUGAUGACAAGGAUAAAAUUUUUCACAUAGGAUCUUUUAAUAACAAAGGGUUUGCAUUAUGAAGGAUCAUGUUUAGACAAAUUUUCAUGUU